AUGCCCGGUAUCAACGGAUUAUAUGGAGUCAAUAUAAUUUCUAAAAUAGCCAUUAAAAACACACGCAGGAACCGCUGCAACAAGCACGAAAUGUGGUUAGUUGCGAAAAACAGUUCCCUGCUGUCGCCUGAUCUGACGCUGAUCAUUUUGCAUAUUGCUUCAAGAAAUUUAAGGGUGUUGGGGUCCAUCGGGCCGAGAACCUCGAUACAUAUUGAGAAGAAUUCCAUCGAGGGGAGGGCGUUCCCAUAUUUUUUCAUUUUGGAUGCGGUUUUGCCCGCUGCCCUGGCAGCGGCAACCGCAUUCAAAACUCUGGGUAUUCCAGCUAGCGCAUGUGGUACCUGA